ACUCUAGUAUCCGUGUGGCUUGUAUUGUGGGUGGAGGGAAGGCAGCUGGGAUAUAUAGCAGGCUGUGUUACUGAGAAUAGGACUGGACUCUCUCUCUCUCUGUCCAUAGCCUGUUUACCUGACAGACCUCUUCACGCCUCUCCUGAGCAGGAAAAAGACAGGAAUGAGAGGAGCACGGUGAAAAGUACCAUCACCACAAAGACCCAGGAUUCGUACUCUACAGGAAUGGAUGUGAGAACGUUGGCGAUUCCGGCUGAGCUAUCGGCCAGACUACGCAGCGCAGCAGGGCGGCAGCACGUAUCAGGGGUGACAGAGGUGGCGCCUCCACAGGUGAAAGCACAAAACACCCUAAUCCUGCCCCUCGAUAUCGACAGCUACCCCUUCUCACGAUACGCCAACACCACACUGAAGGAUGGCUGGUGUCAGCCACAGGGCUACUCGCUCCAGCGACCUCUGACCUCUCUGGAGCCUGAAGACGCUCAAACCGCUCUGGAGAUCCACAAGCUGAUACUGCGUUUUGCAGGGGACAGUGAUCUGAGUGGCUGGCAGGAGCAGAUGUUGGGGAACUACAUUGUGGAGCAGGGCCAGACUAGACCCCCCCUGAGGGAUGAGAUCCUAGCCCAGCUGGCCCACACCACCUGGGGCAGGGAGUCAGAGGAGGUGGCGCUGAGGGGCUGGUUGUUACUGGCCUACUGCCUUAGUACAUUCACCCCAUCCCCAGCCCUGGACAAACCCCUGCUCAAGUAUGUAUCUGAUAAUGGUCCAGGUGAAUAUCGUUCUCUGUGCCAGCACAAACUCCUCACCUCCCUCAAGUUACCCUCCCCUGCCUCCCGCCUCCACCCCCCCUCCCAGCUGGAGUGGACAACCAAUCAGAGGAGAGGAAAUAUGGUGAUGGACAUACAUACCUUCAAUGAGGAGAAGAUGACAGCUGAGGUAGAGUCCUGGACCACAGGGGAGCAGCUGGCCUCGUGGCUGCUCCACUUCAGAGGGUUACCUGAGGCUCCACGGGGCUGGUCUGUGUCGCUGCUAGCUGAUGAGGGCUGGUCUGAUCUGGCUGGAUGUGACUUUGUUUUGGACCUGUUGGCUGGAGCAGAGACUGAUGCUACACUGGAGAUCGCACACACAGACCCUGACUACCUGUUCAACAAUGAGGAAGACGGGAUGAUUACAACAGAUCUAGAUGGCUUCAUCCCCCCGGCCCCCUCCAUUCCGGCCCCUUGUCUCCCCCAGCAGGGCCGUAGAGACUACCAGCAGUCAGAGGGUUCUGGUCAGAUGGACUGCUAUCUGGAUGACCUCUUUGACCCAGUGAUGGGCCAGGGACCAGGGGACCAGGAGCGUAUGGUCAAGUUGAACAGGAGGAUGAGAGGAGGAGGAGGGAUGUAUAGACCAGUUGUUCCAAUGACAAUGCCAGGCUAUUCUAUGGGAAUGCCAGUGAACCCUGCCAUGCAAAACUACCGGACUCCAAUGAUGCCAAGUAUGAUGUCAGCUGCCCCCAUGCCUAUGAUGCCAACCAUGAUGACACCCCAGCCAGCUGCACCAGGCCUGGACCCCCAGCAGAUGGCAGCACAGCAGCAGGCUUUCAUCAACCAACAGGCCUUGCUAAUGGCCCAGCAGAUGACAAUGCAGGCGAUGACUAUGUCCCAGCAGCAGACUCAGGAGCAGCAGCGACAGCAGCAGCGGCGCCAGGCUAACCUUCGACCCGUCACACCCCCCCUCUCCCCCUCUCCCCCGGCUCAGACACAGACACACCACUCUGCCCUCUCACCCCCAGCCCAGACACAAACACUCCCCAGCGCCCCUCCGCAGCUAACCACACCCAGCCAGAGGAAACCACAGAUACAGCACCACAUACCUGAGCCGGAGAGAGAUGUGGACUUUGUCAUUCCAGACCACCUGGACUCUUUCAAGGACAAGAGAGAGUUCUUCCAGAAGAUUGGUUCUCAGCCAAAGCCAGCAGCUAAACCUCCAAAGCUUCACCCCCCUGCUCCCAGUAGCCCCCCCAAACAGACCCUUCCCCGCUCCCCCUCCUCCUCCCCACCCCCAGCACCCAGGACUUGGCAACGUCCCGGGGGAGCACCCCCAAACAGACCCUUCCCCGCUCCCCCUCCCCACCUCCAGCACCCAGGACUUGGCAACGUCCCCCGUCUCCUCCUGCCAGAGAACCAGACCGCCCCAGCCCCCCUGCCUCCCCCCCCUCCCAGCACCAGAAUCCGUGACAUUAUUAAACAGUACCAAAACCGCCCUGUCAACGAUCCAAAACCCUUGAAACCAAUCAGGGUUCCAGCACAGUCGUUUGUGAAGAAGAAAGAUCCUAAAGAGGAGGCCCUUUCUAUCCUCAGAAAUAACGGACCUGUACAACAGCAGAAGAGACAGCCUCCACCUGCACGGCAGCCUCCCUCUACCAGAGGGCCUCACCCCAUUUCCAACCACAUGAAGCAGAAACAGUGCUCCCUUGCCGACCUGUUCGGCACUCAGGGAAGCUCCGAGAACCCUCCGCCUGCUCCCCCCGGGUUCGCCCCUCCUCCUCUUCCCCCAGUCCAACACAUCUAUGAGAGCUUGCCAGACCCCCCCACCAAGGCUGCCCCCACACUCAAUCUGCUGUCUGGGGAGGAGAGUGUUCGCUCCCAGAUCCACAGGUUCUCUGCCAGCGUCUACUUCUCCUACUCGGCUAUGCCUGGCAAACUGUUCCUACGCAAAGAGGUGUUUUACCCCAGAGAGAAGUUCAACCACCCCUAUAUCCUCAAUCUCCUCUGUGAGCAGAUCAUGAGAGACACGUACUGUGACACCUGUGUGAGGAUCUCCAGAGAGGAGAGGAGGAAAAUGAAGGACCUACUGGCCAGUUUCAAUGUGGGUACAAGUGUCCGUUUGCUCCAGGAUGACACCAUGAAGAAGAGGAUAGUGAUGGCUGCCAGAGACAACUGGGAAAACUACUUCACAAGACUGUUCCCUGUCAGAGGUGAUACCAGCGGGGACACCCAGGUAUUGGGUGUGUCUCAUCGUGGGCUUCGUCUGCUGAAGGUGGCCAGAGCAUCAGGCAUCAACCCCAAACACCUGAUCCUGCUACGCAGCUACAGCUACGCGGAGCUGCUGUCGGUGAAGCUGCGGUCUGCAGACAUGGUAGAAUUCAGUCUGAAAGAAGAACAGCUGCAGCUGCAGAGCAACAGAGCUGCUCAGAUCACUGCCGUGGUCAGGCUGUUCCACCAAGAACUCGUCGAGGGCUCGGAUCAUGUGAUCGCCCUGAAGAGCUUUGAGACGGUCGACAAGAGCCUGCUCAACUUCCGCAAGGGUGACAUCAUCAAACUGCUGCCCAUAGAUGGCCUCAAACCAGGUUGGUGUUUCGGUUCCAUUGGGGGGCGCUCGGGUCUCUUCCCCACGGACAUCACUCAGCCGUCUGCCCCUCCUGACUACCACCAUGUCCACCUUGACCGCCGCGACGAGAGGAGGAAGAGCAUGAGAGCUCCAACCCCCAGACCCACCUCCCACAACGGCUCAGCACAGCCCAGCCGAGAUGGUUCCGUCCUGGGGUCGGCUCGGUCGGUUCAGGGUAGUGAGAUGAAUGACGUACAGACGUUCCUGAUGACAGAGUUUGCCAUGAAAUACUUCAGAGAUGCUGACACGAGCAUGGAGGGUAGAGGUCUUCUUGAUGGAGGUCGAAACUUCUCAGAGAUGGUUCAGUACACAGAGGUUCCCGUUCGGGAAUCUCUCAUCCUGUACUCUGAUCCUGAUCUUAAUAACCUGGCUGUCCAGGCCUUCAUGAGUGUGAUGCAGUUCAUGGGAGACCAGCCUCUGGGGAAUCACAGGUCUGAGGAAGACUGUGUCAGCCAUGUCUUGAUGCUGGGGAAGGAGAAGGAGUUCCUGAGAGAUGAGAUCUACUGCCAGGUCAUCAAACAGACGACUAACAACACUCACAGGCAGAGCUGUACCCGAGGUUGGCGUUUAUUGAACCUGGUAACAGGGUUCUUCCCCUGUUCUGGCACUCUCAAUCCCUACGUCACACAACUCUUACAAAACAUCAGCCAAGACCCCUCACACCCUUACCAAGAGCUGUCUCAAUACUGUAAGGAGAACCUGUUCCGGUCUCUGAUCCACGGAGGUCGCAGACACGUCCCCUCUCAAGUAGAGAUGGAAGCCAUACUGGCUGGCAGAAGCUCUCGCCGGUUCCCCAUCAAGCUGCCGGGUGGAGUAGACUUCCCCUGUAAGAUACGCAGCUUUAGCGUGGCUCAGGAGGUGGUGGAAGAGCUGUGUACAGAGAUGGGCAUCCAGGACCUGUCAGAAGUCAACGAGUUCUCUAUCCAUGCCAGCCGGGACCAGGAGGGGAUGACGCGGCCAAUCCACCCUGAUGAGUACCUGUUUGACUUCCUUUUGGAUGACGGCUCCAUUUUUCUGUCCUUCCACCGCGUCAUGUGGACACACCCGCUUCACUUCGACAACGACCUGUACCUGGAGUUCCACUUCCAACAGGUCCUGGGUGAUUACCUGGAUGGCAAACUGCUGCUGCCAAGCGGUGGUGCCCAUGUUGUCCAGCAGACGGCAGAGCUGGCUGUCCUGCAGCAUCUGGCACAGGGUCUUACUCAAGAGCCCUCUGUGCCUGAACUGAAGGAGUACCUCCCACGACAGGAAGGGGGCAGCACCAACCUGGAGCAGAUCCACUCUAUUUCCCUCAGAGAGAGAACCACCAUGCUGUCCCUCAGCCCCCACGACGCCAAAGCACGCUUACUCGAGUGCCUGAGCUCCCUACCUCUGUUCGGCUCUAAUAUCUUCUUGGCUCAGAAGGUCAGCCAUCGCAGCUGCCCCUCGCCCUGCCUGGUGGCUGUCAACCAAGAAGAAGUGUUGUUCUGCCAUCCCAAAACACAGGAGCGGGCGUUUGUGAUCCCAUUGGUGGAAGUGCAGUCACUGAGCUUGGUCAAAUCCAAGCAGGACAAGAAGGUGCCAGGAGUGGAGAUCAAAUACGGCAACCCAGGACGCCCAAAAAGCAUCACCGUCCACCUCAAGCAGGCCAAGGAGUUGUGCCACAUCAUUGCUGUCAUUAUGGAGAAGCUGGUACAACCACCCAUCAACAUCAAUAGUUCUGUCUCUAGCCGCAACUAGUAAAUACGCGCACACACACACACAGACACACACACACACACACACACACACACUCUUAGAGAGGGAGCCUGCUGAUACCCUCAGCCUAGAUGUCUUAGAAUCAGCCUAUUGAUUAACGGGCCUGCACUGAUGAUUAUCAAUGCCUUCAUAUUUUUAUCUACAACAUUUAGUUAUAAAAAAUUUGACAUAUUACAGCUAUGAGUACCAAUGAAUGUCCACAUUUUUAAAUUCCUUUGUACGUGUUUAUAUAACCAAUGUAUCAAUGUGAUGAUUUAUUUGCAAUAAAUGUUUGUGUAAUUUAAGGCCAGGCACCACACCCUCACAUGGUAAUUUUUUCCCCUUAAUCAAUAUAGCAAUGAACUUUUACCAGUUGAAUGCAGAAACAAUUAUAAUAUUUUUUUGUAUUACAAUUCUUCUGAAAUAUUUGGUUUAAAUAUGCAAAUGACGCAAUAUCUAAUUAAAUGGCCACAUAUGUUCAUAUCAUGCAAAUCUAAUUUUCUGGACACUGGAUAAAGUCAGUCUAAAUAUUUUGGUUUAAUUUUGUUAAGACACUCUAUGACCGGACUUGUCCAGAGCAGAUUGUGGAUAAAUACUUGUUAUCUUUCUAUCUGUGAAAUACUAGACACGCACAUAAAAUGCAUUUUUGGAGCAUUUUUCCAAUGAAAAUGUUAUCUAGAAUAAAAAAUGUUCAACAUA